UUUGUUUUAAACGAAAAGUCUUUAUUGUUGAGUCACGUCUAUUUACAGUUGUGAUUUGACUGAUAUUUUAACGUCAGUUACCCCGUUUCUCUUAGUUCUCAACAAAACACCAAUCAAAAGGUGUGCACAUGAUAAAAGUAUAGCUCAGUACUAAGUAAUGGCAUAGGCCUUUAUGAGCAUGGGGCUGUUAUUUGGAUCCGUGGUAGUACUAGCAUUGGCAGUAUUUGCUAUUUUUGCGUCCUCCUGGUUACAACCAAAACUACCCCCAGUCUGGGAGGGAGACACAGAAGCAGAUUGGAAACCAUUGGCUGAUAUUUUUAGGAAAAAUGUUGAAAGUGGAUUGGAGAAGGGUGGAGCAUUUGCUGUGUAUUAUAAGGGACAGCAAGUGGUUAACCUGAGAGGCGGAUAUGCGGAUGUUGAAGCUGAAAUCCCCUGGAAUAAGAACACAAUAACACAGGUUAUGUCUACCACUAAGGCCAUUGCUUCAAUUACUAUUGCUCUACUAGUUGACAGGGGACUCCUUGAGUAUGAUGAACCAAUAGCUAAGUACUGGAAAGAGUUUGCUCAGAAUGGAAAAGAGAAAAUAACGUUAAGAACAUACCUAAGUCAUCAGGCUGGGUUGAUCACAGUUGAUGUGCCUUUCUCGCAGAAGCUCCUUAAAUCAAACUGGCAGGAGGCGGGAAGGAUACUAGCCAGACAAAAACCAGUUUGGGAGCCAGGUACUAGACAUGGCUAUCACAUGUUUACCAUUGGGCUGUAUCUGGAUCAGUUGGUGAGAAGAGUAGACAGUAAACAAAGAAGUUUAUCACAAUACUUUCAAGAGGAAAUUGCAAAACCUUUUGGUAUUGAUUUUUUUAUUGGGCUUCCUCUAGAAGAGAACCACAGAUGUGCCCGGAUGUAUAAAAGAGAGCUCAGUCAAAUAUUCACACAGUCCUGGGAAUCAUGGAAAAUGUUUUACACAAUUAUGAAAUCUUUGGGGACCAAUUACGCCAAAGCUAGUGAGCCUUUCUUCGAGACCAUGCCAAUGAUAGAUAACCCUAGUUUAGGAAACAACCCAGACCUCAGAUCCUUUAUUAAUGCAGCGGCUUAUGGGUUUAGUAAUGCAGCGUCUGUGGCCAAGCUAUUCAGCAUCGUAGCCCAUGGAAACGAUCAGACAACUAAUAAAACGCUAGUAUCCAAGGCAACUGUGGAGUCCAUGACUAAGCCUCUGGUAGGAGGUUCAGAUGCAGUCAUUGGUCUCAAUUUUACGUAUGCAACGGGCUAUGUGGUUUAUGACAGCCCUCAGGGUACCAAAAUCGUUGGUCAUCCAGGUUGGGGUGGACAGUUUGGGUUGAUGGAUGUAAAGAAGGACUUGGCCUGGUCAUAUACUACAAACCAUAUAAGCAACUGUAUGGUUGAUGCACAUUACACAAAGCUAGUAGAGGCCAUGUAUGCUGUAGUCGAUACCUUGGAACGGACUUGAUACAACUACUAUAGAUGAAUGAACUAAAAUAAGAACACAGUAAUAUGUUA